GAUGGAGCCACAGCUAGCAGGCGCAUUUCCUUAAAUCUUGAAUAUGAAGAGUUUAAGAAUAUCUUUUUGAUCUCGACUCUAUAUUUAGAGCUCACAGUGGGUGAGUGAUGUCACCCAGGUCACAGUAAAGGGCGUAUAAAAACAACGUGUUGCCUUAAUUCCAGCUCUCUGUAUCUCGCAGACAAGUCCUACCGGUUGAGCGGAGGUGAAGCUAACUUCCCGGUGUCGGAGCGUCGGGUUGGGAGCUGGGUCGUGAUUCAGCGGUAGUCUUGGUGACGGAGAGCUGACCUCGGCUCACCUUCCCUGGGUUCGAACCCGCAACAACACCGCAGAGGACCGGUCGGUUUGAAUACUCUCGUUUUAACAACAGCAGUGAGAAACGCGGAGUUAGCUCCGGGUUGUCUGUGGCCGUCGAAUUAUCAGAAAUCGGUGUUAGCUUGUGGCAGCGCGGCGCAGGAGGAUACGCAGAUAACAUCGCCUCCACGGAGCUGGACACGGUUACACGAUUGGAGAGGGAAAAAUACACCAUCAUCGCAGCUGCACGCCCAUGCUCCGGCCUGUCAGAGCCCAUCUGCAGGAGGAAGCAGCUGCAGUGACAAGUGCACAAGAAAAACUACAAAUCUCUGCAGGACAGCUGUGAAAUAAUGGGAUGUUAAGGAUCCCGUCAAGCAGCUGAAGUGCUUCAUCAUCACAGCAACACUAGUGCUUGUUUCCAUCUGGAUGAUAUAGGCAGGGUGUGUGGGUGAUCAUCCAUGAUUGGAACUCAGAUGUGACUGUGAAUAUGAGCAUCCUCCCCUCGCGCCCUCAAGAUAUAGAUAGGUUAGCUGUGUAGUCAUGCACAGUCCUGCUCAUGACAUCAUGUCAGGGUACCCGAGUGGAUGUGUGGCGGACAAAGAUGCAAAUCCGGAGACAACCUUGGGGAGCGCCUAUUCCCCUGUGGACUACAUGAGCAUCACCAGCUUCCCCAGGCUGCCCGAGGACGAUGUGACGUCCGGGGAAAACGCCCUCAAGUCUCGCAAAGAUGAUGACAACGUGCUGAGUGAGCAAGACACAGACCCAGAUCUGUUUCUGAAAUCAGCUCGCCUCCAGCGUCUCCCGUCCUCUGCCUCAGACCUGGCCUGCCAUGAUGUGUCCCUGCAGGAGACGAACAGAGACCCCUUUACAGAAGACUGCGCUUGCCAGCGAGAUGGCCUGACCGUCAUUAUCACAGCCUGUCUCACCUUCGCCACAGGAGUCACAGUGGCUCUCAUCAUGCAGAUCUACUUUGGAGACCCACAGGUCUUUAACCAGGGAGCGGUGGUGACAGACGUGGCUCAGUGUACAUCGCUUGGCUUCAGUGUUCUUGGGAAGCAGGGCUCCAGUGUUGAUGCUGCCAUCACUGCUGCCCUCUGUUUAGGAAUUGUCCAUCCUCACACCUCUGGUAUAGGAGGAGGUGGAGUUAUGUUGGUGCAUGAUAUCCGUAAGAAUGAAACGAGGGUCAUCGAUUUCAGGGAGACGGCACCAUCUGCCAUCACCGAGGAGAUGAUGAGGACUAACCUUGAUCAAAAUCCUGGCCUGCUGGUGGGCAUACCAGGCAUGCUCAGUGGGAUGCACCAGGCACACCAGCUCUAUGGCAGGAUGUCAUGGAGUGAUAUAGUUACCAUGGCAGCAGACGUGGCCAAAAAUGGAUUUAAUGUCACCCAUGACUUAGCUGAAGCUCUGGCUAAAGUUAAGGACCAAAACACCUCAGAUGCAUUUCAGGCAUUGUUCUUCCCCAACGGCCAGGCUCCCCUCUCUGGAUUGUUCACCAAACGUCUUGAUUUGGCAGCCAUAUUGGAUGCUGUUGCCGUCAAGGGCAUACCAGAGUUCUACAGUGGUAACCUGACGCAGGAGAUGGUGGCGGCAGUUGAAGCAAAAGGCGGAGUGCUCACAGACAAUGACUUUGGAAACUACAGUACAGUCUUACAGCAGCCUGCAGAGAUCACCUAUCAGGGACACCAUGUGAUGGUGGCCCCAGCGCCUCAUGCAGGCGUUGCCCUGAUCACUGCUCUCAACAUCCUGGAAGGCUACAACAUCACCAGCCAGGUUCUCAGGAACAGCACCUACCACUGGAUUGCAGAGUCUGUGAAGAUAGCUUUGGCCCUGGCCAGUGGGCUCGGAGACCCUAUGUAUGACACGUCUGUCUCGGAGAUCGUUACCAAGAUGCAAAGCAAAUCACAGGCCUCCCUGCUCCGCGAGAUGAUCAAUGACUCCCAGGCUUUACCUGCCAGCCAUUACACUCCAUCAUUUACCUUGGAGGAGGGUGCAGCAGCUGCCCAGGUCAUGGUCAUGGGUCCAGAUGACUUCAUUGUGUCAUUCAUGAGCUCUCUAAACAAACCAUUUGGCAGCGGGAUAGUGACGCCCUCAGGAAUCCUUCUGAACAGCCAGAUCCUGGACUUCUCCUGGCCCAAUAAAACGCAGAGUUCAUCACCUAACCCACACAACAACCUCCAGCCUGGGAAGAGGCCCAUGUCCUUUCUGAUGCCCACAGCAGUGAGGCCAGCCGUGGGGUUAUGUGGCACGUACGUGGCCAUUGGAUCUUCCAACGGGGAGAAAGCUCUCAGUGGCAUUACACAGGUGCUGAUGAAUGUUUUGUCUUCACGUAAAAACAUGAGUGACAGCGUAGCAUAUGGGCGGCUCCACCCACAGCUGGAGCCCAACACCCUCCUUGUGGACUCUGAGUUUCUAGAUGAAGACGUGGUGCUGCUGCAGGCCAAAGGCCACAACGUUGAGAGGAAAGAUGUUCUCUCAUUAGUGGAGGGCACCCGAAGAACCAAUGACCUCAUCAUUGGGGUGAAGGACCCCCGAAGUGUUGACGCAUCUGCCCUCACUAUGUCCAUCCUGCCCUAGUGUGUACCCCACACUCACACAUAAAAAAGAAGGGGUAAGAGUAGUACUGUAAGAGAAAGUUACUGAGGAAGGAGGCAACUGAAGAACCAGUUUACUAAACAGAAUAAAAGAUCUACGUGCUGGGAGAAAAUUAAACUUCAGACAUGCGUCUUUCUCUGACAUCACUUAGUAGGAUCACAUAUGAAUCCACUGAUACAUAUGUUUGCCAACACACAGAAAAUUAAAUAGAACACCAUUUCACACACAUCAAAGUUGGUUCGCCCUCUCUAAUGUGCAGUCCCAGUGUAGAUAGUGUUGAAAAUAUAUGUCAACCCACUUAAAGGCAUCAACGUUUGCAGGGUAUAGAAAUGCAAGGUGUACUCCAGAGGAAACUGGAAAAUUGUGAUGGCUUUUGAAGCUUUUUUUAACAGCUUGCUUUUAGAAUUUGUGAUCAGGAGUUCUGACGUAAAUUAAUGGUGAACAAACAGAUUCUCUGUAAGAAGGAGCAGACAAUGAUGCCACACCAGGAAGCCACCAUUUACAGCACUUGCAUGGUCCUUAAAGUACCCAUCAAACUAGUGAUCAAGAUGAGUGUUGUCAAACAAUAACUAGACGAUCCUAAACUGAACCGUUUACUCUCCUGCUUUUUAUAUGGCAUGUGACUGUGAUUAGAUGUUGUUUGGUUCAGCUGCUUCCACUAUUGUGAACAAUCAAUGGCUCAUCAGGACCAUCUUUACACAAAAAACACAUUUGCUUCAGUUUACAGGUGUUAAAUAUCACUCAGCAUAGAUAAACCUAUUUAAAUUAAGUUAAGACAUUUUUGUUGUUGCAUUACUUUGUUGUCAACUAAAGCUUGUGGAAUAGAGCUUUUUUGGGGGAAGGGAUACAUGUUUUUAGAAAUGGGAUCUAAGUCUUUAGAGAUGGAUUGAAUGUAAUCUGUCUAUUUUUAUAUGAACAAUUGUUGGGCUGUAUACAUUUUAUUUUUACUAGUGUAACACAACGCAUUCCACCAGCUGCUGUGUAUUGGUUAAAUUAUUACAGGCAUUACAUUUAAAGUAAGAAGCAUUUGUCAAGCAGUGCAUUCUAAAAGUUGUUGCAACUGAAUCCAGAAUGAUCAAAAUUUCCUCAACCUUUCGUCUCUGUUCUUGGGUAUCAGUGCAAUACGACUUUUGAUGCUUGUUUUUUUUGUACUGUAGAGUACCACGCCUUAAGGUAAACAUUUGCACAACACCCGAUAUUUGAUUCCAUGUGUAUUUGUAUCUGAUUUGAGUCAAAAUCAGCACUGUACAAGCCUAAGAAAUAAAAGGUUUUAC